UGCGUUCAUGUGAGGAGCGUCAACCUGUUACUGAAUGCUGUGUGCACUGUGUUCUAACGGAAUGCAACGUGUCUGAUGGCAUGCGACGUGUUCUAAUGGGAUACAAACACCCUCCUUUCCCGAGGAGAGGUUGAGAGAUGCUUGGGACCACAGUCUUCGAUGUGCUCUACAGCUGCAUUUGUAUUAAUCGGCAAAGUGGUAUUCUCUUGUUUUAUUGACUGGAAAAGAAGCCCCUAAAAUGCAUCUGUUCAGGAGUUACAAUUAUCGCGUUUACCCAGACCGCUACUCAAUGGAAACACCGAGAAUACGAGGGAUAAGCUGGACACCACUUCCUGAAACCCUCGACACCCAGGACACCAUGAAGCAGUUUCUCUCAGACCGGAUCCUGAAAGCAGCCAGGUCUGUGUAUAGCGCCUUGAUAGAGCGAAACCCAAGCCUGAUUAGGGACCGAAAACACCAUCUCAAGACCUACAGGCAGUGCUCGACAGGAAAGGAGCUUGUUGAUUGGCUGUUGACGCUGAAUGACAGUUUGCAGUCACGGAGCCAGGCGGUGGGGAUGUGGCAGGUGUUGGUGGAUGAGGGGAUACUCGUUCAUGUGAAACAAGAGCUCAACUUCCAGGACAGGGAGGCCCAGUUCUACCGCUUCCUGGAGGCAGAGUUUAGUCUCAACCACACAACCAAUGAGAAGGACUCGGAGGAGGAGCUCCAGGAAGGCCUGUCCUUCUUGGUGCAGAUGGGUCCCGAUGCCCUCCUAACCAUGAUCCUGCGCAAAUGUCCGAGCCAGAGGACUGAGGAGGACCUGGAGGUGAUCUACGAGGAGCUGCUUCACAUCAAGGCCGUGGCUCACCUGUCCAGCUCUGUGCGUAAGGAGCUGGCAGCGGUUCUGGUGUUUGAGUCCCACGCCAAAGCAGGAACAGUCUUGUUCAGCCAGGGAGACAAAGGGACGUCCUGGUACAUCAUCUGGAAGGGCUCUGUCAAUGUUAUUACACAUGGAAAAGGUCUGGUGACGACGCUGCAUGAGGGAGAUGAUUUCGGCCAGCUGGCACUUGUGAACGACGCACCACGCGCUGCCACCAUCAUACUGCGAGAGGACAGUUGCCACUUCCUGCGCGUGGACAAACAGGACUUCAUACGCAUCCUGAAGGAUGUGGAGGCCAACACGGUGCGCCUGGAGGAACAUGGAAAAUCUGUGCUGGUGUUGGAGAAGAGCUCUGGAAGCAACUCAGCCAAUCAGGGAGCUUCGUGCAACAGCAACAAGUACACUGUGAUGUCAGGAACACCAGAGAAGAUUCUGGAACACCUGCUUGAGAACGUGAGGCUGGACACCAACAGCAACGACCCCAUAGAUCCCUGCAUGUCCGACUUCCUGCUGACUCACACGGUCUUCAUGCCCUCCAGCUCGCUGUGCCCAGCCCUGCAGCACCACUACCAUGCUGAGCCUUCUGAAGGCUCGGAGCUGGAAAAGGCGGCCUACUCCCUCAACAAGAAGCAGAAGAUCAUUCGGCUGGUGGGCCAGUGGGUGCUCCUGUAUGGCCUACUCCUGAAGGGCGAUCCCCCUGCCUGGGACUUUCUGGAGAAGCUGAGAGGGGAGGUGUUGGGCGACUCCCGACUCUCCAGCAUGCUGAGGGAGCAGCUAAGGGACAGGAGGAGAGCGAGAGUGGUUGAAAACGGACACCAGACCCUGUCAAAGCUCAACCAACAGUUGGACUGGUUCUCCAAUCACGAGGAGCCUGUGGGGAAGUGCCAGCCAAUUAGGGCACAGGACAAAGUCUUGUACGAGAUCUAUCGUCCCAACCACAGCUUCGUCAACCUCAUGCUCCCGGUCAACGCCUCCGUGCAAGACCUGAUGUCCUCCUUAGUCAACCCGGGAGGAGACCACGUCCUGGUCAAAAUGAACUCCUCAGGAGACAGGGUUCAGCUGAAGCUGGAUGCCACGGCCAUAUACACAUCACUGGGACUGAAUGAAAAGCUCUUCCUGUGCACUACCAGUCAGGUGGAGGAUCUGACACCCUUGGAGGAGCAGCAGGGCCCAAAUCAAGGCAGCAUGGACACAUUGGAGCAGAUGAGCUCCAAGGACAUCGCCAACCAGCUCACCGACUACGACUGGGAGCUGUUCGGAGCCAUGCACGAGGUAGAGUUGGUCUACUACAUCUUCGGCCGGCACAAGUUCCCUGGCACCACCACGGCCAACCUGGAGCGGUUUGUGCGGCGCUUUAACACCGUGCAGUACUGGGUGGUCACUGAGCUGUGCCUCUGCAACGACCUGGGGAAGCGCGCCGUGCUGCUAAAAAAAUUCAUCAAGAUGGCCAUCGUCCUUAAAGAGCAGCGAAACCUCAACUCCUUCUUCGCAGUGAUGUUUGGGCUCAGCAACAGCGCGGUGCAGAGGCUCUCCAAAACCUGGGAGAGAGUGCCAAGCAAGACAAAGAGGGCAUACUGCUCAUUUGAAAGAUUAAUGGACCCCUCACGCAAUCACAGGGCGUACAGACUGGCAGUGGCCAAACUCAGCCCUCCUUACAUCCCCUUCAUGCCCCUGCUGCUGAAAGAUAUGACUUUCAUCCACGAGGGAAAUAAGAACUGUGUGGAAAGCCUGGUCAAUUUUGAGAAAAUGCGCAUGAUCGCCAAAACCGUGAAGAUCGUGCUCGAGUGCCGGAGCCAGCCUUACGUGCCGUCAUCCCCACAAAAAGGCCUAGCGGACCGCAUGUUCCUCGAAGCACCUGCUGUGAGAAUCUCCACCUACUCAGAGCAGUCCCUCUCUCUGCGCAGCCCCACCAUCGUCCGACAGUACAUCCAGAAUCUCAACGUGAUCGACAACCAACGGAAACUGACACAGCUGUCCAGAUCAUUGGAGCGCUAAUGAUAACUGCCUCCUUGUAUACAUGGUCACUUUAAUAUGCUUGUCAACGCAAAUAGCCUGCUCCUCCAUCAUGUAGCUGCAACUCAAUAUAUCAAGCAUGCAGACCUGCCGAAGAAACUCAACCAAAUAUUAGAAUGGGUGAUCCAAGUGUGAGCUAAGCAACUUCCAGCACGGUUGGUCGGUUGGUGCCAGCUGGUUUCAGGCCCUACCUAGAGUUUACAGAGACUGGUGUAAUAAACAAAAGCAUCCAGUUCUCAGGGUGAAAACACCUUGUUAUUGAGGUCAGAGGAGAAUGGGCAGACAAGCCAACCCAAAGGCUAGAAAAUGCUCAAAUUACCGCCGUUUACAAUAGUGUUGUGCAGAAGGGCAUCUUUGUCACAGGAAGCGGAUGUGCUACAGCAGCACAAGACCAUACCGUGUUCCACUUCUCUUCACUAGGAACAGGAAGAUAAGGCUACAGAGCACUAUGUGAUCACCAAAAACUAAACAAUUUGAGAUUGGAAGACGUUCCCUGGCCUGGCCUGAUGUCUCCAUUUCAGCGACGACAUGCACAUGGUAGGGUCAAGAAUUUGGUGUACACAGCAUGAAUCCAUCAUGCUUUAUGCCAACAGUACAGGUUGGUGUUAAUGGUCUAAUUGUAUGGAGAAUGGUUUAUUGGCAUACAUUAGUACCUUCAUACCAAUUCAGCAUCAUUUGCAUGCCACAGCAUACCUAAGCAUUAUUGUUGACCAUGUGCAUCCUUUGGCCAGUGUACCCUUUCUCUCUUGGAUACUUGCAGCAGGAUCACGUGCGCUUUACUCGACAGCCAUGGCCUGCACAGUCCCCAGAACUUAAGCUUUAGGUUUGCAGCAGGAAGUAGUGACUGAAAACACCAGCGGAACUGCAUGAUGACUAUUGAGUCAGUAUUGACCAUGAGGAAUGUUUCCAGCACCUUGUUGAAUCCAUAUCACCAUAAAGAAUUCUGGCUGUUCUAGAGGCAAAAGGGUGACCGACCCAGCACUUGGUAGGCAUACCUAAUAAGUGGCCUCUUUUAUGAGCGCAUCUAUAUCCCAGCCACAAAGACUUCCUCAUUCCGUGCUGAACAUGUCGACAUGACCUUUUUUUUUUUUUUUUUUUUCUUAAAGGACCAUUCUAGAAUGUUCCAGGUUUGGUGUGCUGCAGGUAACCCAUGGGUCUAUGCUCCUGUAAAUGGUGAAGAACUGUAAAAGUGCCUAAAAGGGGCCAUUCUUAAAGGUCCGUUUACUUCAUUCACUGACUGCUGGCUUCCUGGAACCGCCAUGUCUAAAGCAAGACCACCAUUUAGCUUGCCAUAAACAAGGGAUUUUUUUAUUUUAUUUUUUUUAAGUAGUACAUGUUGUACUUUAAGUAGGCAACUAUGCCAUACUCUUACAGAAGCUCAUCUGUUCACAAAACCUAACCUUUUGUGCUCGGGAGUGGCACAGUUCAGUUGUUCCACGUUCCCGUGCAACAGUGACCUCCUGUGGCCACUGGAGGACCUGCAGUCUGCCUGCGCCAGCUGUGCGUGAGGUGUCAACACAACUUUUCAUUCAUACAUUGCCGUCUCUCUUGGGACUACACACUUGGCCCUUCUUGGGAAUUACUGCACUUUGAUCCCUCAUCUUUUCACUGGGACUUGCACUGCAAUCACUGUGGACAGGAGCAUCUGCCAAAUGUUGGCAAAAAAAAAGUGAUAACUGGUUCCACAAAACACUGGCCAAUUUCCAGUCUAAAUGGAUAUUACCAAAAAUGUCUAAUUAUAAACUGAAAAUAUAAAUAAUCUUUGAGAGACAUAUUCCAAAAUGACAUUUCAGGAGCAAACCAGCUCCCACAGUUUCUCUAGCUGGAAACGCACUCCAAAAACAAACAAAAAAACCCCCAAAAAACAUUAAUCUCUACGGCCUAUACUUCACUGCUACUGUAUCCCUUCCCCUGUAUCCCAGUUGAACAGUCUUUUCCUCUAGAGUUCUGAACCCUCCUGGUAACUAAUGGAUUUCCAGCUAGGUGCAACUCUCCAAAUAUUCACUGUAGAGUCAUUCACUUUCAACAGGCUCCAUCUUACACAUCCCCCUCCUGCAAUCCAACAUGGCCGUAAGAGCUGUUUGAAUGCUGUUCCUCAGUGCCUUAUACAUUUCUGUCCUCCGUGACUGCUGUUAGCCAAAAGGCCGUGUUCAUGCCACAACGUUACAUUCAUCAUGAAUAUACCCUUGGCAUUAGCUGUUAUUUGUGUUAAACUGCCACAGCAUCCAGUGUUGUACUGCCAGCCAAUACACCAGUGUUACUACAAGCUCCAUUGCAAAGGAUGCUUUGAUGCACUGUAGGCAAACAAGCUUAGUGAAUAGUAAUUUUUACUUUUUAUUAGAAGAUUAACACAAAGUAAAACAGCACAUGGACCAAUUUUGUAGCCUCACUAAUAUAAAAACUGACAUUUUAUGUAAAGCAUAUUUCAUACUAAGUGUGCAAAUUUUUAUUUUUUUAAAUAAAUUAUUUCAAACAAA